CUUCGAUAACUAUGCAGGAAGCAUAUGCGUAGACGGACAAGAAUACGACAUGACUCUGUGGGAUACUUCUGGUCAAGAGGAUUACGAAAGGAUCAGGCCUCUAUCCUAUCCGAAUACCGACUGCUUUUUAAUCUGCUUUUCUGUGAAUUCUCGUAAUUCCUACGAGAAUGUCGCGAACAAAUGGCAUCCAGAAAUCAAGUAUCACUGUCCAAACAUACCCGUAGUUCUCGUCGGUACCAAGGGAGAUCUUAGAAACACGGAAAACGUAGAUUCGAUUACCCUGAAAGACUGCAAGAAAAUGAAGAGAAAAGUGAAGGCCUGUAAAUACGUCGAAUGUUCUGCGUUGAAACGCGAGAACUUGGAUGAAGUUUUCAUAGAAGCCAUAAGAGCUGUCCUUAAGAAACCAUCGAGAAAGCUUUGCUGUUUAGUUUAAGAAUUAAAUCGACGCCAAUAUUUAUACCUUACGAAUAGAUAGAAAUUAGCAUCGAAUCGAAAUCAGUUUUAUAUAUAGGAAAUGUAUACAUUAUUCCAAAGACUAUGCUUUUUAAGUACUUUUCUCGAUGCAUGUUACAAUGGAAGUUAAUAAAAAGAUAUUAAUUCCAUUAA